GCCCCCUCCUCUCCUAACGGAGCCGGGCUGGAACUGCAGCAUAAAAACUGGGAGUUAAAGGAAUAACGGUCAGUUGGAGACACAGAUCCAGAGGACAGCUUCACUGGACAUCCACCCGCUUCAGAAGUGUUCAGACUCGCAAACUGAAGAGCACUUUGAUUAACCAUGACCACAACACUUGGGCUGUUAAUACUCCUGUCUGCUCUCUGCUGCAGCUUUGCGGACAAUGUGAAGCUUUUCCGCACCAAGCGAGGGACUCGUUUUUACAGAGGUGAGCCUGAACGGCAGCCAGCUAGACGGACGCUUUUGAUUAUUCAUGUUCAGAAGUCUUCACCUUCCUAUGACACCACCUUACAAUGUGUGGAUAGUGAGACGUCAGCAGUGCGUAGUUUUGGGGACACUUGGCUGCGAUGGAGGGGACAGCGUGUGGAGUAUUGCCGUUGUGCAUUAAGAGGACGAGAGCGUUGUCAUAUUGUCCCCGUCAUCAACUGCUACGUGUCACAGUGUUAUAACGGCGGGACCUGCAAGGAGGCUGUCUACACUUCAGACUACAUCUGCCAGUGUCCCCCCGGCUUCAGUGGAUCUCAGUGUGAGAUCAACACCAGAGAGAGCUGCAUUAUGGGACAGGGUGCAGGAUACCGUGGCACAUGGAGCAUCAGUCAGUCCGGAGCAGAGUGUAUCAACUGGAACGCAACAUCUCUGAGAGGAAGGAGAUUCACAGCCAGAAAGAAUGAUGCCAGCAGCCUCGGUCUGGGCAAUCAUAACUUCUGCCGGAAUCCCGACAAUGACGACACUCCCUGGUGUUACGUCUAUAAAGGAACUCAGGUUGUCUGGGAGUACUGCUCUAUGCCCAAAUGCCCAGAAGAUAGGUACCAUGAGUGUGUGCAAGGCUCUGGUCAGUCCUACAGAGGCACUGCAGCAGUGACUAGAAGUGGUGUUCGCUGUCUCCCAUGGGACUCGACUGCUGUGAGGCGCAAGCUCUACAAUGCAUGGAGAUCUGACGCCCUUCAGCUGGGGCUGGGAAGCCACAGUUUCUGCAGGAAUCCAGAUAGUGAUGUGGGUCCAUGGUGUCACAUCUACAAGAACAUGCAGCUGACCUGGGAACUGUGUGACGUACCUAAAUGCACAAGACGUCCAUCUAUCAUCACCACUCUCGGCCCUCGUGGCCCCACCCCAUCCAACAACAACAACAACAGAGCGACAUGUGGCCAGCGUCUGGAUAACACCUUGAAUCAUCCAGCUUUCCGCAUGUUUGGAGGCAGAGACAGCGACAUCACAGAGCAGCCCUGGCAGGCAGCCAUUAAUGUUUACCAGGCCCGUCUCAGACAGCACUUUCACCGAUGUGGAGGCGUCCUCAUCGACUCCUGCUGGGUCCUGUCUGCUGCACACUGCUUCGAGGACAAUGCCAAAGCUGAGAAGCUGGAGGUUAUUUUGGGAAGAACGUUUCGUAAACAGAAUUCCAGCAGCGAGCAGAUUUUUAAGGUGGAGAAAUAUUGGAUCCAUGAGAAAUUCGACAAUGAAACUUUUGACAAUGACAUAGCUCUGUUGAAACUAAAAACGGACAUUGGCAUCUGUGCUGUAAACUCUCCGGAGGUUCAUCCUGCGUGUCUGCCUGAGCGUGGUUUGGUCCUGCCCGACUGGACUGAGUGUGAGAUUUCAGGCUAUGGAAAAGACACAGAAUUUUCUGCAGAGUACUCUGAGCGUGUCAAGAGAGGUUAUGUCCGACUGUGGCCCAAAGAGCGCUGUGUUCCAGAUGUUCUGUCAGGACGCACAAUCACUCCCAACAUGCUGUGUGCAGGCGACACCAGAGGCCUGGAUGAUGCAUGCAAGGGAGACUCUGGCGGCCCCCUCGUCUGUCGAAACAACGACAGGAUGACUCUGAUGGGCGUGAUCAGCUGGGGCGACGGCUGUGGCCAGAGAGAUAAGCCUGGGGUCUACACGCGAGUCACCCAUUACAUCGACUGGAUUAAUGGCAAAAUUAAGACAAAUCCAGUCUAAUGGUAAAGAGUCCAAGAAGAAGAAGAAGAAGAAGAAGAAGAAGAUGAUGUUGUUGGUUGAACUUACCCACAAGCAGCGUGGGCAAGAUAGUUUAUCAGUGCAGGAUAAACAAAGAGAUCCUCAGGACUCGGAUUGUGUUUUGAGCCUGUUUUCCUGUUGAUUGAAUAUUGAUGGAGGUUUGGAACCAGCGGACCACUCCAACAAACGCACCAGAGGGACCUCAGUCAUUAGUUCUGCUCUGUGUAGCUCCAUGUCCUUUACUGUGAUGAAACAGACAGUAUUUAUGGAAAGAAACAGAGCAAACCCUUUUCUUUCUAUUGUCUCAGUAGUGGUUUUCUAUCUUUUAAUAGUUUUUCAGUAUUGCUACCAUUGGACACAAGCUGUGGAUAAGCUGUUUGGUUCAGGCCUUAAACCUGAAAGCACCACAAUCUGUCAGUGUUUUUCUCUACCUGUGGCUGAAUUCUCCCUGAUUUACAUGAUAGCACGGUAGACUUCAGAUCAGUAGCAUUUUACAAUCAAAAACAAAGGCAUCAUCUUUGCACAAGAACUCACAUUGGAAUGUUUAGGUUUUUUUUUUUAUGUCUACUCCACCGGGCAUUUUUUUUUACUGUUCACAGAAGGAUUUUAUACAAGUUGUGUUGUUUCAUUUAACUCCAACUCAGGAUGCUCUGCUUUUCCUUAGUAAGGUGUGAAACAUCCAACACUUAUCUGCUGGUUCAGAUUCUGCGCCUUUUUGUAGUUUUUCCCUCCAUUGUUUUUUGUCUCUUUAUAGAUAAGAAUACAGAAAACUCCAACUCCAUGCCAUUUUUGCAGACCUCCAGAGCACUUCCUUUCCAGAUAACUGGGUUGAACCCAGCGUUUGUGUGAUAUGUACAGUGUAUUAUCUGAGUAUUGAUUUUAUAUUUGAAUUGACAGGGAGCUGUUUUCUGCUCUUAUCUUUUGUUUUCUUUCUCCUCUUUAGGGUUGUGAUGUGAUAGACUCUUAAGGGAAACUGGGUUUCAGAUGUUUUGUAUUAAAUGAAUAUUUAUGUGUAGUUUUGAAUGUUUUGUAGAAGUUUAAAUAUGUAAUGUGUUGUCUGUUGUUUUUUUUUGUGUGUAAUUUAUUGUGUCAUUAUAACCACAUCUCAUAUUAUAGUCCUUUA